AUAUACGCAGCCAGCUACAUAAUAUUUUGUGAUCAACGACCGGAAGUUGUUUUCUGUGACUUGGUGUCUGUCUGCAUACCCAUACUUAGAUUGCGCAUUCCAUACGUAGUGUUCUAUUGUCAUCACCCGGACCAGCUGCUCUCGCAGCCUGGUGGCCACGUCAAACAGCUGUAUCGUAUGCCGCUAAAUUAUCUGGAAGAGAUCACAACCGGCAUGGCGCAUAAAGUAUUUGUAAAUAGCUGUUACACAAGCAGUGUGUUCAAGAAUACAUUCCGGAGACUGGAGGUCGAACCAGAAAUUUUGUAUCCUUCCAUUAAUACGGAUUUCUUCAACAAGACGAGAAUAGUGUCUAUAGAGAGGGUGCUCGAUAGGAAACUACCGGACGAUAGCAUUAUAUUGCUGUCCAUCAAUAGAUACGAGCGUAAGAAAAGGCUGUCUCUCGCGAUAGAGGCUCUCGCGGAGCUGGAGAAACUCUUAACGAAGGAAGUGUACAAGAGGGUAUACCUGAUUAUGGCCGGUGGAUACGAUAAAAGAGUCGAGGAGAAUGUGGAGUAUCACCUGGAAUUAAUAGGUCUCGCGGACGAGUUGCAUGUGACGGAUAAAGUGAUAUUCUUGCGCUCGCCCUCCGACAUAGACAAAGUUUCCAUACUCCAUCAUUGUAAAAUUGUGAUAUAUACCCCACCAAACGAGCACUUUGGAAUAGUACCCUUGGAAGCGAUGUACGUGGGCAAGCCGGUAAUCGCACACAAUUCCGGCGGUCCCACGGAGUCGAUAAUUUCCGGAGAAACUGGUUUCCUGGUUGAUGCAUCUGGCGAAGCAUUUGCCUCGAAAAUAGCCCAUUUAAUCACAAAUCCGACACAACUUGAGAAUUUCGGUAGAUCGGGUCAAUACAGAUUUCUAGUAACAUUCAGUUUCGCUGCUUUCAGCGCUCAAUUAAAUAAAGCGAUAAACGAUUUGACUGAUGCGAAGACGAAAUAAGAUCAAUGAGAGUUACUUAAGAUGUUUUUUUUUCUUUGCAUAUUAAUUAUAUAUAGAACACUAUUUAAAUAUAAAUAUUGUUAUGCUAAGGUAAUUGUUAUAAUGAGACAAAUGAAAGUAUAAUUUUUCAAUGAUAUAUUUAUAUUUCAUAUAUUAAUUAAAUAUAUUCUAUUUAAGAAA